UCAGGUAACACAGAGUUCACAGAACAUAAUCCACGAACAUGAAAAUGGCGAAUCGUUUCAAGCUUAAGAUAUCCCCAGUCUUCACCUCGUUCCAAUCUUGCCGUUCAAAAGACCCUUCUAAUCUCCCAUUAAAUCCUGUCCCUUCAUCCUGCAGACUUUCUUCGGUCAGACGAAACCCUAUCACCCGCUAUUUACCGCCCCCACCGCCACCGCAACCAAAAUCGUCAAAGUUGUCUCAUUACUGUUCACUAAAAAGACACGUUUCCUCGGUGUUUUGGUUGAUUAGCUGCGGGCUCGGGUCAAGAUCGUCUGCAAAGUACUUGUCUGAAAUUGACCAUAUUCAAUCAUCACCGCCGUCGACAUUGGAGUUCUACCGGGAAAAAGAAGACAUAUGUCACGUUAUAGCCAACGUUUUCGAGAAUAACAUAACCCCCCGUCGCAGAUUCUACAAUACCCCUGAAAACGACGACGAUUUAUUUCCACCUCCAGCGCCUCCCAACACGAUAAAAAAAAAACGACGAUACAAAAAAAGGAAAAUGACGUCGAAAAACCGGAUAAGCACCUCGUCGGCCGAGAGCGGAUUGUUUACCAGCGAAAGCUUUGAAGACUAUGAUAUUAGUGACAAGGAAACUGAAAUUCUGAUCUCAUCUUCGAGGAGCUUCUCCACUGAUUCCCCCUCAGAGAUGUUCAACGCCAACUUAGAAAUCAUACUAGAAACAAAGCCUACGAGGCAAAGCAGGAAGAAGCCCAAGAAAGUUAAGAAGACAAAAAGGUCCGAAGUAAGAUUUUCGUCGUCGGAGAGCGAGUCGCCGGCGAGGUUGUCGAGCUUUUGGCAACGGAUGAUACCGUGCACGGUGGACGGCAAAGUGAGGGAGAGUUUUGUCGUGGUGAAGAAAUCAGAGGAUCCUUACGAGGAUUUUAAGAGGUCGAUGAUGGAUAUGAUAUUAGAGAAGCAAAUGUUUGAAGAGAAAGAUUUGGAACAGCUCUUGCAUUGUUUCUUGUCUUUGAAUUCUAGGUAUCAUCAUGGGGUCAUUGUUCAGGCUUUUUCUGAGAUUUGGGAGGCUUUGUUUUCUAGAAGAUCAACUAGUUUUCGAGUUUCUCGUGAUUUUAAUUAA